CCUGCAGAGUUGAUCUGUCAACCAGACUGAGAAUCUUGAUACUUAUCGGCGGAUACAACCCGGUGCUGACAGCUGUGAUCUCGCACCGUGACACCGGCUACAGAGGACGGCGUCGCUAGGAUACGGAGCUCGGUUAACGGAGCCGCGUCAACGGCUGUUUUUAAUGCGUGAAAAGUAACCGUCGUCUGACAGAAUUCCAACUAUCCAACUGCCGAGCUAGCCAGCUAGCUAACUACUGCCGCUACGCUCGCUCGCUGUGCUCUUAGAUACCAAUUAAUGUCGUUUCUGUUCAUGUUCAGCCAUCGGUAGGAAUUUAUUUGGACUCAGUGACCCCGCUGUGAUGAUCUCCUGACAGCUCCUCUCGUCCGUUCCUGCCACUUUUCUAACCCCUGGCUAGCGAGCUAACUUAGGGCUAACUAGCAGGUUUUUUACUGCCUCAGUGUCGCGUUGAGCGCAGCAGUGAGUAAGGUAGCUUUCUCCGUGGCAGUGAAAUCCGAUUGGAUACGUUGACCGUGUGGACAGGGACGCCCGAAGACCCGGCCCCGGCCGGCGUAACAACCGUACCUAAAGGGCCCCUUCUGGCAGCCUGCAGGGAGGGGAGCUACAGCAGUAGACACCGGGGCACCCAGACACUCAGAGCCGCAGAGGCGUCGCACUGCCGAAGGAGGCACCGGACUGAACGGAGGAAGAGUACCAGACAUUUGACAUCUGUGAUCCGGGAAGUGAACCGGGCAGGGACCUCAUGAAUGGAAAUCGGAACUACAGGAGCCGUUGGGGCCCAGUCCCUGUUCUCCAUGCCUCGGCGGCCUGGCUAUGGCACCAUGGGGAAGCCCAUCAAGCUGUUGGCCAACUGCUUCCAGGUGGACAUCCCGAAGAUGGAUGUCUACCUGUACGAGGUGGACAUCAAGCCUGACAAGUGCCCACGGCGAGUCAACAGGGAGGUGGUGGACUCCAUGGUGCAGCACUUCAAGGUGACAAUCUUUGGGGAUCGGAGGCCAGUCUACGAUGGAAAGAGGAGCUUGUACACAGCCAACCCGCUGCCUGUGGCACCCACAGGGGUGGACCUGGAUGUCACUCUGCCAGGUGAGGGAGGGAAAGAUCGCCCCUUCAAAGUUUCCAUCAAGUUUGUGUCUCUAGUCAGCUGGCACAUGCUCCACGAGGUGCUGACCGGCCGCAGCAUGCCUGAGCCCCUAGAGCUGGACAAACCCAUCAGCACCAACCCUGUGCAUGCAGUGGACGUGGUGCUGCGACACCUGCCAUCCAUGAAGUACACUCCGGUGGGCCGCUCCUUCUUUUCUGCUCCAGAGGGCUAUGACCAUCCCCUGGGAGGUGGAAGGGAGGUGUGGUUUGGCUUCCACCAAUCUGUGCGCCCCGCCAUGUGGAAGAUGAUGCUUAAUAUUGAUGUGUCUGCCACUGCCUUCUACAAGGCCCAACCUGUCAUCCAGUUCAUGUGUGAAGUGCUGGACAUCCACAACAUUGACGAGCAGCCUCGCCCCCUCACAGACUCGCACCGGGUCAAAUUCACCAAAGAAAUCAAAGGUUUGAAGGUUGAGGUGACGCACUGUGGAACAAUGCGGAGGAAGUACCGCGUCUGCAACGUGACCCGCCGGCCUGCCAGCCAUCAAACGUUCCCUCUACAGUUGGAGAACGGUCAGACUGUAGAGCGUACUGUAGCCCAGUACUUCAGGGAGAAGUACAACCUUCAGCUUAAGUACCCACAUUUGCCCUGUCUACAGGUGGGCCAGGAGCAAAAGCACACCUACUUGCCCCUGGAGGUGUGUAACAUUGUAGCUGGUCAACGGUGCAUCAAGAAGCUGACAGAUAAUCAGACCUCCACUAUGAUCAAAGCCACAGCUCGCUCUGCACCCGACAGGCAGGAGGAGAUCAGCAGGCUGGUGCGCAGUGCCAACUACGAGGCCGACCCCUUUGUGCAGGAAUUCCAGUUCAAGGUUCGCGACGAGAUGGCCCACGUGACGGGGCGAGUGCUACCCGCCCCCAUGCUGCAGUACGGCGGCAGGAACCGCACUGUAGCCACGCCCAGCCACGGGGUGUGGGACAUGAGGGGGAAGCAGUUCCACACCGGGGUGGAGAUCAAGAUGUGGGCCAUCGCCUGCUUUGCCACACAGAGACAGUGUCGAGAAGAAAUUCUCAAGGGUUUCACAGAUCAGCUGCGUAAGAUCUCUAAGGAUGCCGGGAUGCCCAUCCAGGGCCAGCCAUGUUUCUGUAAAUACGCCCAGGGAGCGGACAGCGUAGAGCCCAUGUUCAGACACCUGAAGAACACCUACGCUGGACUGCAGCUCAUCAUCGUCAUUCUGCCGGGAAAGACUCCUGUCUACGCGGAGGUAAAGCGUGUGGGAGACACACUCUUGGGCAUGGCCACACAGUGCGUUCAAGUUAAGAACGUAGUGAAGACAUCGCCUCAGACACUCUCUAACCUCUGCCUCAAGAUCAAUGUGAAGCUGGGAGGCAUCAACAACAUCCUGGUGCCACACCAACGACCAUCAGUGUUUCAGCAGCCGGUUAUAUUCUUGGGAGCAGAUGUUACACAUCCACCUGCUGGAGAUGGGAAGAAGCCCUCAAUUGCAGCUGUGGUAGGCAGUAUGGAUGCCCACCCCAGCAGGUACUGUGCCACUGUGCGGGUCCAGAGGCCCAGGCAGGAGGUUAUCCAGGACCUGGCCUCCAUGGUGCGGGAGCUGCUUAUCCAGUUCUACAAGUCAACUCGCUACAAGCCCACCAGGAUCAUCUUCUACAGGGAUGGAGUUUCAGAAGGCCAGUUCAGACAGGUGCUGUAUUAUGAGCUGCUGGCCAUCCGUGAGGCCUGUAUCAGCCUGGAGAAGGAGUACCAGCCAGGCAUCACCUACAUUGUUGUGCAAAAACGCCACCAUACACGCCUCUUCUGUGCCGACCGCAACGAGAGAGUUGGACGUAGUGGAAACAUUCCUGCUGGUACUACCGUGGAUACGGACAUCACACAUCCCUACGAGUUUGACUUUUACCUCUGCAGUCACGCUGGAAUACAGGGCACCAGUCGGCCUUCCCACUACCAUGUACUGUGGGACGACAAUUGUUUUACCGCUGACGAGUUCCAGCUGCUCACCUACCAGUUGUGCCACACCUACGUACGCUGCACCCGCUCAGUCUCCAUCCCUGCGCCAGCCUACUACGCCCACCUGGUGGCCUUCCGUGCCCGCUACCAUCUGGUGGACAAAGAACAUGACAGAUCCUCUCCUCUCUCACCUUGCAGCGCUGAGGGCAGCCACGUGUCUGGUCAGAGUAACGGUCGGGACCCCCAGGCGCUGGCCAAAGCUGUUCAGAUUCACCACGACACCCUGAGGACCAUGUACUUCGCCUGAGCUACACCAACCCUCCCCAGCCAUUGCCACCCUUAACACACAUCAACACACACAGACACAACCAUGCACGCCUGGCUUGCCAGUCAAGGAGUCCUCAUAGGUGCAAGUCUCUCCCCCACCCCAACCCCAACCCAAACCCAAACCCCACCUCCAACACAAACACACACGCCUAGUCAAUCCGGACCUGACACUGUGCAGAGGAAAGCAGGGAGGAAGGAGGGGAGGAGGCACCCCCACACUGGACUGAGGAUGCAAACGCUGCUUUAAAAAAAAAAAAGAGAGAGAAACUCAGCACUAUUAUGCAAUAUUAAACCAGCCAACUAGUUUAUUUCCACCCUUAUCAGGCCCCCUUUUCAUCGCCCCUCCUAUCUGUUUUUCCCAUCUGUCUCCUUUACUUGUGGCCUAGUGGGGUGUUUUCCUUGUUUGUUUUUACUUUUCCCUUCCUAAUGUCUACACUGCAGUUUGGCACAGUCUCUCUUUAUAGUCUACAAAUCUGCUCCUCUGCCAUCUACAGUACCUCAAGUCAGUUUGAGCAGCAGCACUUUUACAUUCUGUCAGUUUUACUGUAGUUUCUUUUGUUUUCUUUUUUGUUUUGUUAUUGUUGUUUCUCCCCAAUGUUUGAAACAAGGGAGCAGAGAAGGAAGGGUCAG